GACUAAAUAAAGUUGGUCGUAGUAAUCGUAUUUGAAAUGUGGAGGCUGUAACUUUCCAAUUUGGUCGUAUUAUGUUUCCAUAGCUUUGUUGUCUCUCUCUGGUUCACUGCUUAGCUAUCUGUUGUCUCAUUUCAAAAAGCUUUCGCACUUGGGAUGAUGAUAAAUGGCGAACGCUCUUGACAUUUCGUGCUAUUAUCAAAAUGUUAAAUUCUCUUAUCGGUUGUUAUUAUUUACGUUUUAUAAAUAAAACAAGAUGGUAUUCCGUAUAAAUCGGAUUCUAUUGAUCACCAGCUGGCCCUGUAAAGUGCGCGAACAGUAAAAACGAUAAAGGAAAACACCUACUGAAGUGGGUCAAAUAAUCACAAAUAAAACGAAAAAAUGCGUUUAAAACUGUUGCGGAUGAAUGUUUUUGUCGACUACAAAUCUAUCGCGAUCCUGUGAAACAAACAUUCAUCUGAAUUUAAGUGCAGAAGUGGUUAUAAACGCGAAUUUUCGGGAGUGUGUUUUAUUAUAAAUGAAGAACAAUAUUCUAUUCGCAAUAAAUAUAGUGAAUAAGUGUAAUUCUUGAAUAAAAUAGAGUUAAUAUAAAUAUUAGUUCAAAGUGAACAGUGUUUAGAUAAUUAAUAAGCAGUUUGUGGUUUAAAUAGCUAUUUGUGGCGUUGUAAAAUAAACCAUUUUACGAUUAAGCUUAGCACCGCUGCCAAAGUGUAAUAAAAAGUUGGAUGCGUAGAGUUUUAGCGCGAAAGUGAAAAUAUUUUCGUAAAUUUCAUAUUAUCAAAAGUUUUAAUUGUUGUGUUAUGAAUAUCGAUAUUGUGAAUUAAAAUGGUUACGAUGAAUUCGUCGGAGAAGGCGGCGCAAAAAGCCUGUCAACAGGGGCCCUCCAGGGACAACUCGAAGUGUAUAAAAGAAGAUAAAGAGAAGGACCGGGAUAAGAAGGAGAAUGUCUCCUCGACGCUACCACCAGGAGUCCAGGCUCUCAUGUCCACUAUACCCUCGCCGGAGGAGUCUCCCAACUACCUGGUGUAUAAGAAGAUGGAAGCCAUUAUUGAGAAGAUGCAGGAUGAGAACACGGGAGUACCAGUCAGGACCGUCAAGAGCUUCAUGACUAAGAUACCGUCGGUGUUCACUGGAUCUGACCUGGUCUCCUGGCUCUCAAGGCACCUUCAGUUGGAGGAGACCUGGGAGGCUCUACAUGCUGCACACCUGCUGGCAGCCCAUGGAUAUCUGUUCCCGAUCGACGAUCACUGCCUCACAGUCAAGAACGAUAACACUUACUACAGAUUUCAGACACCAUACUUUUGGCCGUCGAAUCAAUGGGAACCGGAGAAUACGGACUACGCGGUAUACCUAUGCAAACGUACAAUGCAGAACAAAGCGCGUCUAGAAUUAGCCGAUUACGAAGCGGAGUCCCUCGCUCGUCUCCAGAAGAUGUUCAGUCGAAAAUGGGAGUUUAUAUUCAUGCAGGCCGAGGCACAGAGCAAGGUUGACAAGAAACGCGACAAACUCGAAAGGAAAGUUCUGGACAGUCAGGAGCGAGCCUUCUGGGAUGUGCAUCGACCUAUGCCGGGCUGUGUGAACACAACUGAAAUGGAUCCAAAGAAGCUAUCACGUAUCAACGCGUUGAAAGCAAAGCGUCUGCGACAGUGCCAAGAGCUGAUACUGCAACACAAUUUAAAGAACAAUCCAAUAGUGACCAUCACCAAUCCACAAGAGAGCGAGGAAGAGAUACAAAAGAAGAAUACAGAAAAUAAUAUCAAAGAGAAUGGCGAGAGUUCCCAGCCGGAGGCAGUGGCGGGGCGGCCGGCCUCCCCCCCUCCGCCCAGCCUGGCGCAGCAGAUAGAGGCGGCGCGCCGCCACCACGCCAUGCUGCGCGCCCGCCUCGAGAGGAGGAACGUGCGCGUCAGCAAGGUCGCCGAUAUGUUCAUAGCGUACUGCGAGCAAUAUUGCGAGUACGACGCUUUCCUGACGCCGCCGGAGUGGCCGAACCCGUGGAUCAGCGACACGACCGACAUGUGGGACCAGGAGAAACAGUGUAAGGAGCCGCUGCCGCUGCGGCGGGUGCGACGCUGGUCGUUCGGCCUGCGCGAGCUGCUGCGCGACCCCGCCGGGAAGGAACACUUCGCCAGGUUCCUCGCCAAGGAGUUCUCCGGGGAGAACCUCAAGUUCUGGCUGGCGGUCCAGGAGUUGAAGGCGCUCCCCAUCCGGCGCGUGUCGGCGCGCGCUAAGGACAUCUGGAAGGAGUACCUCGCCUCGGACGCUCCCUCACCCAUCAAUAUCGAUGCCGCGAGCAGAGAACUAACUCGUCAGAAAGUGGAAUCCGGUGCAGCAGACAGAUAUUGCUUCGAUCAAGCACAGGCUCACGUAUACCAUCUAAUGAAGUCUGACAGUUACUCAAGAUAUCUUAGGUCUGAGAUGUACAAGGAUUAUCUUAAUGGAUCUAAAAAGAAGACUUCAGUUAAAGGCAUUCGAUCUAUCGUUUCAUUCACCGGCCGCAAGGAAACCUCGACUAACUAGAGGUGGGACCUGCGCUAGAGGUGAGACACGCUUUAGUUCUGCAACACGCCGCGGUGGCGCUAGUGAGUUAACUAUAAUACUCAUGUAGUUAUUAUGAUGUUGUUUCAUUGUAUCGGUUGGGAUUUGAGUAAUGUUUAGUAAUUAAUUUUGACUGUUAAAGCCCACUGUUGGACUUGGGAUAGUGGUUAUAGUAUAUAUAUUUCAUAUUUAUUUGUGGAUUUUUUUUUUGAUAAAUCUUGGAUAGAUGAAUUUUUGAAAAUU